CUGCCAGCGGUGCUGUGGUAGGAGUUGCGCCUUAGCCAUGUACGGACUAUACCGUCCGGUUGUAAGUACGGGGAGCGAGCGAUAAGAUAACACCAACAGCUCCAGCAUCUUCUAACCCCACCCGUCUACCCCACGCAUUGGUCUGACGUCGAGACGAGGAACCGCUUCCUACUUUCAGCUCGGUUGAUCAUUCACCAAGUUAGGGAAACGGACCAAUUUAUCCUCGAACAUCAGCGCCUGCGGCAGCAACGACCAAUUUGAUCACGACAACAACCUUGGGCUUACCAACUAUGGCGACCGAACUGGCCUUCGCCAAGUCCUUCCUCUCCCUACUGGACUCCAAGCCCACAAAGAUAACCGCCGACCAUGUUGAAGACCCGCGUAACUAUCCCGCAAGCACACCCUACACCCUCCCCCGCCACGCGACCCUCAAGCCGCUCUCCAAACGCAAACCAACCACUACCACCGCCACCAAAUCCUCCUCAGCCGCUGCUACCCGGCCGUCAGGUAAUAAUAAUAACAAUGAGCGGAGCAUCACGGUAACAGUCCGCUCCCUGCGGACCUCGAGUAGUCACGCCUCCUCUCUGGAACUGACGCUUCCCGCCCCGCACGGUGCGCGGACGUCGGUGGCCGAGGUGAAGGAGGCGGUCGCGGCCGAGACGGGCCUGCCCGUGGACAAGAUCAAGCUGCUUUUUGCCAAGAAGCCCGUGGCAGACAGCAAGUUGCUCAAGGACAUUGUUCCGGGGCUGGGGGAACAGCAAGAGCAAGGGCAGGAGCAGGUGGAGUUCUCGGUCAUGAUCCUCGGCGGGGCGGUGCCAGUCCCCAAGAGCAGCGGCGGCAGUGGCCAGAGCAAGAGCACGGGUAUGAGCAAGCAGACGGCGGUGGAAGAGGAUGGGGCGGGGCCGGUCGCGCAGGGCUUAAGUGGGCUUCCGGUGCUUCAGACCGAGGAGUUUUGGGGGGAUUUGAAGGGGUUUUUGCAGCAGCGGGUGAGGGACGAGGGGGUUGCAGGAGAGGCGUGCGAGGUUUUCAGGGGUGCUUGGAAGGGCAGGUGAACUGAGGUGGUUUGAACGAUCUAUGAAAAUGAAGUGUGUGAGAGGGAUAUCAUCACUGCUCGAGCGGGAUAGCAUGUCAAUCCUGUCAACUUGCUACUAUUGCCAUGGUCCCUGUCGCUUCAACUCUAGAGACAAAAUUCCUCCUUCGCACCCGGGCU